GUAAGUGUUUGGAUUGACUCCAAAAAGAAGAAAAAGAGGAGGGGCACAGAGAAUUCGGGAAGAAAAUCUGUUUUGGGGACGAGUGAGAGGUAGAGAGAGACACGGCCUUCAAACGGGGAGUGGAAAAACCGAGGCAACAGAGAAUUGAGUGAGGAUAGGCAAUAGAGAGUAUACGACUUGGCGGCCGAAAUGGAGCUUGAUCAGGGUGAUUUUUGAGACUGAGAUUGGGUUUGAGAGGAAGAACAGAGAGAAUAACUGAAACAAAGGAGAAGCGGGCGAGGCCAGAAACGAAAAAGGCGAUUUUUGGAGAGAGCCAAAACACAGAGAAGGUUUUGGGGGUUUUUAAUAAGGGUUUCUAUUUGAGGUCGAAGCAGAGAAGAAAUAGGAGGGAAGGAAAGGGGCAAGAAGAGGAAUCUGCAUCUAAGGCCUUCGGUUUCUUGGCUUUCUUGUCCUGUUGUUGCUGCUUGCUUUCCUUUCUCAGAGAAACGAUCAUUCCAUGUUGAGACAGUAUUUGUGAUUUUAUUUCAAGGCAUCACUGUUGUGGUGAAAUAAAGGCUGUUUCCUACCCAUUAUUGUAACUUGAGGGAGAAUAGGUCUUUUUGCUGAAAGGAAAAGCAUUGGACCUAUCGAAAUGGUCUUGAUCUACUAAGUAUCCCCCACUAAUGAGGAAGCCUUAAAAUAGUACCCUUGAUCAGUCAAAUUUUGUAUUCUGCUAGUUGUCAGAUUGAUUACUGUCAGUUAUUUGAAUCUGCUCAAUGGCAUGGAGAGGUGUUUUUUACUCUCUGUUUUUUCUUCUAGCUGUUGCUGAAUCAUCAAGUAGAUCAGGGGAAAUGUGGUCGUCAAUCCUGGGCAGUGAAUCAACUAUAUCCUUCAGCUGGCCAAUCUUCAGUGCUAGCAUAUUUGUCUUUAUUGCUCUAGUCCUCUCCAUGUAUCUAAUCUUUGAGCAUCUAGCUGCUUAUAAUCAGCCAGAGGAACAAAAGUUUCUGAUUGGACUCAUUCUGAUGGUACCUGUUUAUGCCCUGGAAUCGUUUUUGUCACUGUUAAAUUCAGAUGCUGCAUUCAACUGCGAAGUAAUUCGGGACUGUUAUGAGGCUUUUGCACUGUACUGCUUUGAGAGAUACUUGAUAGCGUGCCUAGGUGGAGAGGCACAUACAAUUGAAUUCAUGGAAAACCAGGCAGUAAUUAGUUCCAGCACUCCUCUUCUGGAAGAAGCAUCUUCUUAUGGAGUUGUGGAACAUCCUUUUCCCAUAAAUUGGUGUCUAAAUGAUUGGAAUCUCGGUCCUGACUUCUAUAAUGCUGUAAAAAUUGGCAUUGUUCAGUAUAUGAUAUUAAAGUUGAUAUGUGCAUUGUUAGCCAUGAUCCUCGAAGCUUUUGGGGUCUAUGGAGAAGGAAAGUUUGAGUGGAGAUAUGGCUAUCCAUAUUUGGCAGUUGUUCUUAAUUUCAGCCAGACUUGGGCCCUGUAUUGCCUUGUACAGUUUUAUUCUGUCAUCAAAGAUAAGUUGGCACCAAUCAGACCAUUGGCCAAGUUUUUGACAUUCAAGUCAAUUGUAUUUUUGACGUGGUGGCAAGGUGUUGCUGUUGCAUUUCUUUUCUCGAUAGGAGCCUUCAGAGGAGCUUUGGCUCAAGAGUUGAAAACACGUAUACAAGAUUACAUCAUUUGUAUCGAGGUGCCUAAUGAAAUUGAUGUAUCAUUUGUGUUGAUAUUGCCUGAGGUUAAUUAUAUAUGCUGCUCCUUUGUUCUCUCUGGCUUUUUGGUGUUUGGUUUCAUUUUAGUCCACUGCCCUUGACAGAAAGAUCAUAGUUGAAUUUCACCGUCAAUGCUGAAUAAUAAUACUGAAUAUGCUUUGAAUAACAAUAUUGAAUAUGCUUUCCAAAUUCCUUUUUCUGCUUUGAUUACUUUUGUUUAUACGAUCUUUCAGAUUGUUGGUGAUAUGAAGUAUACAGUAUCUCAUGUUGUAGAACCAGUUGAAAGGGGAAUUGCAAAGAUAAAUCGAACCUUCCAUAGAAUUUCAGAAAAUGUGAAACGCUAUGAGGAGCAGAGGCAGAGAUCCAAGGAUGACAGUUACCUGAUCCCCUUGAAUUCAUGGAACAAAGAAUUUUCUGGAGUUCAUGACAAUCUUCUUGAAGGCAGUGUUAGUGACAGUGGAUUGUCCAAUGGGAAGAGGCAGCAUUCCCAAUCCAAAACCCCAGCAUCCUUGACAAAAAUGGACAGAUGAUUCUUUAAGAUUACAAUUGACAUAAAACUGAAAUGAUGGUUUUGAGUUCGAUGUGAGGAUCAUAUAGGUGAAGAAGGUGGAGGAUCAAGCCUUUGCUACAGAUGAAAAUGUAUAGAGAUUUAUACUGAUCAUUUCUGGAUAUGCGUUCGGAGUUGUGCUGCACAGCCUGGUAAAAUUGUAAAGACGGAAAUUAUUUUAUGGUGCAGCCUGCACAGGUUUUAACAGUAUAGAAUACGUUAAAAUGGAAAUACAUCUAAUUAAAUUGCAUUGAUGUUAUCUUUUAAA